UUUUUUUGUCCCGCCGGCUCGGCCCCCCGCGACCAGCCAAGGGCUAAGGCCAGGUAUUUCAGAAUCUGAGGUCCGUAUUCUUAUCACAUUUCCGGGGAGGGACGGCUAGGAGCUCCGGAGGAAAAACGGACUUUUUUUUGAGGAGAAAAGCGGAGGCAGACGGUGGAUGACGAAGCACCCCCGCAACUGCAAGUUUUCGCGCGCUUUGGCGCAGGUGGUUGUGGGUAGCGCGCCUGGGAGGGAGAAAGAAGUCGGGGGCCGUGGCGCGCCGCCCGCGGGGCCUGAAGGGAUGUUCGAGGACGAGUCCCACGCUGAGGGGGUGGCGGUGGUCGCCGCAGCCGGGGAGGCGCUACAGGCCCUGUGCCAGGAGCUGAACCUGGACGAGGGGAGCGCGGCCGAAGCCCUGGACGACUUUACUGCCAUCCGAGGCAACUACAGCCUAGAGGGAGAAGUUACACACUGGUUGGCAUGUUCAUUAUACGUUGCAUGCCGCAAAAGCAUUAUUCCCACGGUUGGAAAGGGUAUCAUGGAAGGCAACUGUGUUUCACUUACCAGAAUACUACGUUCAGCUAAAUUAAGUUUAAUACAAUUUUUUAGUAAAAUGAAGAAGUGGAUGGACAUGUCAAAUCUACCACAAGAAUUUCGUGAACGUAUAGAAAGGCUAGAGAGAAAUUUUGAGGUGUCUACUGUAAUAUUCAAAAAAUAUGAGCCAAUUUUUUUAGAUAUAUUUCAAAAUCCAUAUGAAGAACCACCAAAGUUACCGCGAAGCCGGAAGCAGAGGAGGAUUCCUUGCAGUGUUAAGGAUCUGUUUAAUUUCUGUUGGACACUUUUUGUUUAUACUAAGGGUAAUUUUCGGAUGAUUGGGGAUGACUUAGUAAACUCUUAUCAUUUACUUCUAUGCUGCUUGGAUCUGAUUUUUGCCAAUGCGAUUAUGUGCCCAAAUAGACAAGACUUGCUAAAUCCAUCAUUUAAAGGUUUACCGUCUGAUUUUCCUACUGCUGACUUUAGGGCUUCUGAAGAGCCGCCCUGCAUCAUUGCUGUACUGUGUGAACUGCAUGAUGGACUUCUAGUAGAAGCAAAAGGAAUAAAGGAGCACUACUUUAAGCCAUAUAUUUCAAAACUCUUUGACAGGAAGAUAAUUAAAGGAGAAUGCCCUCCUGGACCUUUCAGUUUUACUGAUAAUAGCAAAGCAGUGAAUAAGGAGUAUGAAGAGUAUGUUCUAACUGUUGGUGAUUUUGAUGAGAGGAUCUUUUUGGGGGCAGACGCAGAAGAGGAAAUUGGAACACCUCGAAAGUUCACUGGUGACACCCCAUUAGGGAAACUGACCGCACAGGCUAAUGUGGAGUAUAACCUUCAACAACACUUUGAAAAAAAAAGGUCAUUUGCACCUUCUACCCCUCUGACAGGACGGAGAUAUUUACGAGAAAAAGAAGCAGUCAUUACUCCUGUUGCAUCAGCCACCCAAAGUGUCAGCCGGUUACAGAGUAUUGUGGCUGGUCUGAAAAAUGCACCAAGUGACCAACUUACAAAUAUUUUUGAAUCUUGUGUGCGUAAUCCUAUGGAAAACAUUAUGAAAAUACUAAAAGGAAUGGGAGAGACUUUCUGCCAACACUAUACUCAAUCAACAGAUGAACAGCCAGGAUCUCACAUAGACUUUGCUGUAAACAGACUAAAGCUGGCAGAAAUUUUGUAUUAUAAAAUACUAGAGACCGUAAUGGUUCAGGAAACACGAAGACUUCAUGGAAUGGACAUGUCAGUUCUUUUAGAGCAAGAUAUAUUUCAUCAUUCCUUGAUGGCUUGUUGUUUGGAAAUUGUGCUCUUUGCCUAUAGCUCACCUCGUACUUUUCCUUGGAUUAUUGAAGUUCUCAACUUGCAACCAUUUUACUUUUAUAAGGUUAUUGAGGUGGUGAUCCGCUCAGAAGAGGGGCUCUCGAGGGACAUGGUGAAACACCUGAACAGCAUUGAAGAACAGAUUUUGGAGAGUUUAGCAUGGAGUCAUGAUUCUGCACUAUGGGAGGCUCUCCAGGUUUCUGCAAACAAAGUUCCUACCUGUGAAGAAGUUAUAUUCCCAAAUAACUUUGAAACAGGAAAUGGAGGAAAUGUACAGGGACAUCUUCCCAUGAUGCCAAUGUCUCCUCUAAUGCACCCAAGAGUCAAGGAAGUUCGAACUGACAGUGGGAGUCUUCGAAGAGAUAUGCAACCAUUGUCUCCAAUUUCUGUCCAUGAACGCUACAGUUCUCCUACCGCAGGGAGUGCUAAGAGAAGACUCUUUGGAGAGGACCCCCCAAAGGAAAUGCUUAUGGGCAAGAUCAUAACAGAAGGAACAAAAUUGAAAAUCGCUCCUUCUUCAAGCAUUACUGCUGAAAAUAUAUCAAUUUUACCUGGUCAAACUCUUCUAACAAUGGCCACAGCCCCAUUAACAGGAACAACAGGACAUAAAGUUAUAAUUCCAUCACAUGGUGUUGCAAAUGAUGCUGCAGAGAUCACACUACCUAUUUCCAUGAAUACAAAUCAAGAGUCCAAAGUCAAGAGUCCUGUAUCACUUACUGCUCAUUCAUUAAUUGGUGCUUCUCCAAAACAGACCAGUCUGACUAAAGCACAAGAGGUACAUUCAACUGGAAUAAGCAGGCCAAAGAGAACUGGGUCCUUAGCACUCUUUUACAGAAAGGUCUAUCAUUUGGCAAGUGUACGCUUACGUGAUCUAUGUCUAAAACUGGAUGUUUCAAAUGAGUUACGAAGGAAGAUAUGGACGUGUUUUGAAUUUACUUUAGUUCACUGCCCUGAUCUAAUGAAAGACAGGCAUUUGGAUCAGCUCCUCCUUUGUGCCUUUUAUAUCAUGGCAAAGGUAACAAAAGAAGAAAGAACUUUUCAAGAAAUUAUGAAAAGUUACAGGAAUCAGCCCCAAGCUAAUAGUCACGUAUAUAGAAGUGUUCUGCUGAAAAGUAUUCCAAGAGAAUUUGUGGCAUAUAAUAAAAAUAUAAAUGAUGACUUUGAAAUGAUAGAUUGUGACUUGGAAGAUGCUACAAAAACACCUGACUGUUCCAGUGGACCAGUGAAAGAGGAAAGAGGUGAUCUUAUAAAAUUUUACAAUACAAUAUAUGUAGGAAGAGUGAAGUCAUUUGCACUGAAAUACGACUUGUCAAAUCAGGACCAUGUGAUGGAUGCUCCACCACUCUCUCCUUUUCCACAUAUUAAACAACAGCCAGGCUCACCACGCCGCAUUUCCCAACAGCACUCCAUUUAUAUUUCCCCACACAAGAAUGGGUCAGGCCUUACACCAAGAAGCGCUCUGCUGUACAAGUUCAAUGGCAGCCCUUCUAAGAGUUUGAAAGAGAUCAACAACAUGAUAAGGCAAGGUGAGCAGAGAACCAAGAAGCGAGUAAUAGCCAUCGAUAGUGAUGCAGAAUCCCCUGCCAAACGCGUCUGUCAAGAAAAUGAUGAUGUUUUACUGAAACGACUACAGGAUGUUGUCAGUGAAAGAGCAAAUCAUUAAUGUUCUUGUUUCUAUGAUAAAAGCACUUUCAGAUUGUUUUGCAGAAAGUUGGAGCUCUGUCCUUCAAACCUUUUAGCCCUAUGGAUGGUAAAUAUUGCUGGAUUAUAAGAAAAAAAUUGCACAAAAAUGUGCUUUUUAAAAUAUUUAUCCAAAAUGUAAUUGACAGAGAUGUAUUUUGAGUUGGACUGGAAAGGAAUAUUUUAAGUGCCUUUUAAAAAUGCUAAUAGUCCGGCUAGAUGCAGUGGCUCACGCCUGUAAUCCCAGGACUUUGGGAGGCCAAGGCGGGCAGAUCACCUGAGGUCGGGAGUUUGAGACUAGCCUGACCAACAUGGA